GAGUCGUGCAGACCGAUCUGGGGCUGGCAUGGCGGAUCCUGGUGAUGGCCCCCGUGCAGGGCCCGGGGAGGCAUCUGAGCCUCCCGGGGAUGAGAGCGGCACCCCUGGCGGGGAGGCCUUCCCCCUCUCCUCCCUGGCCAAUCUGUUCGAGGGGGAGGAUGGCUCUCCUUCGCCCUCAUCAGCUGACGCUGGUCGGCCCCCCGGCCCAGGCGAUGGGCGGCCGAACCUGCGAAUGAAGUUCCAAGGUGCCUUCCGCAAGGGGGUCCCCAACCCCAUCGACCUGCUGGAGUCUACCCUGUAUGAGUCCUCCGUGGUGCCUGGGCCCAAGAAAGCGCCCAUGGACUCGCUCUUCGACUACGGCACCUAUCGCCACCACCCCAGUGACAACAGGCGGUGGAGGAAGAAGAUCGUUGAGAAGCAGCCGCAGAGCCCCAAGGCUCCCGCGCCCCAGCCGCCCCCCAUCCUCAAAGUCUUCAACCGGCCCAUCCUCUUUGACAUCGUGUCCCGGGGCUCCACUGCAGACCUGGAUGGGCUGCUUCCCUUCUUGCUGACCCACAAGAAGCGCCUGACCGAUGAGGAGUUCCGGGAGCCAUCCACGGGGAAACCCGCCUUGCCCAAGGCCCUGCUAAACCUGAGCAACGGCCGCAACGACACCAUCCCGGUGCUCCUGGACAUCGCAGAGCGCACCGGCAACAUGCGCGAGUUCAUCAACUCACCCUUCCGCGACAUCUACUACCGAGGUCAGACGGCCCUGCACAUUGCCAUCGAGCGCCGCUGCAAACACUACGUGGAGCUCUUGGUGGCCCAGGGCGCCGACGUGCACGCCCAGGCUCGCGGGCGCUUCUUCCAGCCCAAGGACGAGGGGGGCUACUUCUACUUCGGGGAGCUGCCUCUGUCUCUGGCCGCCUGCACCAACCAGCCCCACAUCGUCAACUACCUGACGGAGAACCCGCACAAGAAGGCCGACAUGCGGCGGCAGGACUCGCGAGGCAACACGGUGCUGCACGCGCUGGUGGCCAUCGCCGACAACACCCGCGAGAACACCAAGUUUGUCACCAAGAUGUACGACCUGCUGCUGCUCAAGUGCGCCCGCCUCUUCCCCGACAGCAACCUGGAGGCCGUGCUCAACAACGAUGGCCUGUCGCCCCUCAUGAUGGCCGCCAAGACCGGCAAGAUCGGGAUUUUUCAGCACAUCAUCCGGCGAGAGGUGACCGACGAGGACACACGCCACCUGUCCCGCAAGUUCAAGGACUGGGCCUACGGGCCGGUGUACUCCUCGCUCUACGACCUCUCCUCGCUGGACACGUGUGGGGAAGAGGCCUCGGUGCUGGAGAUCCUGGUGUACAACAGCAAGAUCGAGAACCGCCAUGAGAUGCUGGCGGUGGAGCCCAUCAACGAGCUGCUGCGGGACAAGUGGCGCAAGUUCGGGGCUGUGUCCUUCUACAUCAACGUGGCCUCCUACCUGUGCGCCAUGGUCAUCUUCACCCUCACCGCCUACUACCAGCCGCUGGAGGGCACCCCGCCAUACCCUUACCGCACCACCGUGGACUACCUGAGGCUGGCUGGCGAGAUCAUCACGCUCUUCACUGGGGUCCUAUUCUUCUUCACCAACAUCAAAGACUUGUUCAUGAAGAAAUGUCCUGGAGUGAAUUCUCUCUUCAUCGAUGGCUCCUUUCAGCUGCUCUACUUCAUCUACUCUGUGCUGGUGAUCGUGUCUGCAGCCCUGUACCUGGCAGGGGUGGAGGCCUACCUGGCCGUGAUGGUGUUUGCCCUGGUCCUGGGCUGGAUGAACGCCCUUUACUUCACCCGCGGACUGAAGCUGACAGGCACCUACAGCAUCAUGAUCCAGAAGAUCCUCUUCAAGGACCUUUUCCGCUUCCUGCUGGUCUACUUGCUCUUCAUGAUUGGCUACCGUGCCGCCCCGCCCUCCCUCCUGAACCCGUGCGCCAACAUGAAAGUGUGCAGUGAGGACCAGGCCAACUGCACGGUGCCCACCUACCCCUCGUGCCGCGACAGCGAGACCUUCAGCACCUUCCUGCUGGACCUCUUCAAGCUGACCAUCGGCAUGGGCGACCUGGAGAUGCUGAGCAGCACCAAGUACCCGGUGGUCUUCAUCGUGCUGCUGGUCACCUACAUCAUCCUCACCUUCGUGCUGCUGCUCAACAUGCUCAUCGCGCUCAUGGGCGAGACGGUGGGCCAGGUCUCCAAGGAAAGCAAGCACAUCUGGAAGCUGCAGUGGGCCACCACCAUCCUGGACAUCGAGCGCUCCUUCCCCGUGUUCCUGAGGAAGGCCUUUCGCUCCGGGGAGAUGGUGACCGUGGGCAAGAGCUCGGACGGCACUCCAGACCGCAGGUGGUGCUUCAGGGUGGACGAGGUAAACUGGUCUCACUGGAACAAGCACUUGGGCAUCAUCAACGAGGACCCAGGCAGGAACGAGACGUACCAGUACUACGGCUUCUCGCACACCGCGGGGCGGCUCGGGCAAGAUCGCUGGUCCUCCGUGGUGCCUCGUGUGGUGGAGCUGAACAAGAACUCGAACCCAGACGACGUGGUGGUGCCCCUGGACACCAUGGCGAACCCCAGCUGUGACGGCCACCAGCAGAGCUACCCCCCCAAGUGGAGGACUGACGAUGCCCCGCUCUAGGGCUGCGGGCAGGGCCAGGUCUCGGGCCAGCACCCCGCCCACGCCCUCCGCCCCGCCCACCUGCAUUUCAGCGGUGCCUCGCAGGAUGUCAGCAUGCCCGCCUCUGCUCCCCGGAGGGGAGGGGUGGCGGAGGUGCCAGGUUGGCCAGGACCCUCCAGUCCCCAGGCUCCUGCCCCCAGCUCUGUCUCCUCCCCCCGGGCCAGGGCUCCUGGCCGCCUGUCUCACUCCCAUGGAGUCAGUAAGUGGACGCUGGGUCCCUCCGCCCGUGGGGCCCGCCCCGCCUCUCCGUUAUUUAUUUGCUGAGCUCUCAGGAAAGCGGCGUGACCCUCGGUGCAGCCUGGCCUCUGGACCCCGUUCUGGGUGCACGCCGGGCCAGUCCCAGCCCCACGCCACGGCAGCUUGGUGACUGCAGGGGGCCCGUGGAGGGGGGCACCUUCCGUGUGUGUUCUGUAGAGCGUCUGGGAUUUGUCGGUGCUCAAUAAAUGUUCACUCAAUGAUGGCGGGGGUGGCGGGGACGAUGGUGGUGAUGGCCAGAUGAUGGCGGAGGUGGUGGGGACCACGGAGGUGGCGGGGACGAUGGUGGUGAUGGUCAGAUGAUGGCAGAGGUGGCUAGGAGGACGGAGGUGGCAGGGACAGUGGUGGAGGUGGUGGGGACCGUGGUGGAGGUGGUGGGGACAAUGGUG